GAUUGGCUCUCGGGGUGUGUGCUCUGUUGUCCCCUGGCUAGUGCAGACAAACCACACAUUCAUAUGCAAAUUAGUCCUUAUAAAUACCUACAACAGCUCUUUAGCGCCAGCAGUACGUCUAGCGAAGAUUGUACAAUAAUCACAGGGCGUCUCGCCUGUCGUGUAUAGAUUUUCUCUGACCGGGUCCGUUUGCCAGCUGCUCUCUUUCACGGAUCGGGAAAAUAGCAGUGGAAUACAAACUGGGAUCUCAGACUGACUGUACGGCUCGGGCUCAAAACCAACAUGGCCCCCUCGGCUCUGCACAUCAAGAACGGAUUUGGCAUGGAUGAGGAUGACUACUACGGGAUUAAUAAAGGGGAUAGAAAGGCGAGAAAACCUUUGGUGGAGAAGAAGAGGCGUGCUCGUAUCAAUGAGAGUUUUCAGGAGCUCCGGACCUUGCUCGCUGACACGGACUCAAAGGUGGAGAACGCAGGGGUUCUGGAGAUGACGGUGAAAAAAGUGGAGCACAUUCUCAAGGAUCGUUCCCAAGAGACUGACAUCAUGAACCGGGAGGCCAGCGAGAGGUUUGCAGCAGGCUACAUCCAGUGCAUGCAUGAGGUCCAUAUGUUUGUGUCCAACUGUCCCGGGAUAGACGCGACGGUGGCGGCCGAGCUACUGAACCACCUGUUGGAGUGUAUGCCCUUGAACGAGGACCACUUUCAGGACAUGGUUAUGGAUAUAGUAUCGGACACUUCCAGCAACAACGGCAGCACCUGGCCAGCCGGCGAGGCGGUGUGCGCGGCCCUAGCAUCACCCGGAUGCAGAAGUAAAUCCAGUGGCUCUUCCUCGGCCCUCUCUCCUGCCGCCUCCACCACCUCCACCGAGGACCUGUGCUCUGACCUGUACGAGACAGACAGCGAGCAUAACCAGAGCGCUACCGACCCACUGGAGAACCAAGAGGCCCAGAACAGUCCCACUAUCACCUACUCCAAAUCCAUGUGGAGGCCCUGGUAGUGGCCCGUACUAGUCAACUGUCUGCCUUUGGGAUUUAAUAGAAUAGUUUGGAGUCUACCUGGCCCCAAGUUGUGACAUCUUCUGUUACCUGGAAAGCGCAUGACGCCGGAAAUUCACUUCCUGCUAUUGCGCAGUUGAGAACUGCUAAUGUUUGUUUUUGUAAAUAUCUCAAUAUGUAUAGAGGAUUUGCAUAAGAAAAAGCUCAUUUAGAGACCGAAAUAGUUCGGCAAUGUCUUGAAUAGGCUAUAAAAUAUUUUUUCCAGUGAAGAUUCGUACAGAAAAAAAAAAGGACCUUGGGGGUGUAGCCUAUAGUUUAUUGGCCCUGUAACCUUCAAAAUAAACGCUUAUAUUUCCCCCAACCACUUGACGCUGUAACAAUGUGUAGAAUGUUUUGUCCUUAAAAUGUCAAUGUGAUUAAUAAAAUAAUUUAAUGAAAAUGA